AUGGCUGCGAACGGGACCGCUGGGUCGGCGGAACCCAGGACCAAGGAUGAGACCAAAACCCAUGCACCAAAUGAGGAGGCCUACUUCACGAGAAAUCCCCCACCACGGGCUCUGAGGGAGGCCCUGCGGCUUGCCGGCAGCGGGAGGAUAUCGACGCCUUCGGAAAGCGCCAGUGAGGAGGACUACGACGAGGAAUCGCAAAAGCCAGUUGCCGUCCUUCGGUUGAAUGGGAAGCGAGAGAAGGAUAGGCCCACGCUCCCGACGUCUGGCAGCAAGCUCAAGCUCAGCGAGGGUGCUAGCGAGGCUGCCACGCCGAGCGACGUAUCCUCUGAGAAUGGGACUCUUGACGAUAUCUCAUCCCUCAGGGGCGCCAAGGUAUACACGAUUGCGUCGGAUGACAAGGAGCUCCGAGAGAUCCUGAGACGGGGCGUGCAGAGGGCCAAAGAACCAGAGUCGAAUGGCAAGCGGAAGGGAAGAUUCAGUGACUACGUCUUCACGAGGAAAUUCUCCACGUUCGAUAGGCAGAACGCCGCGGCUGCCAACAGCCCAUUCCACGGCUUCUUUACCCUGUUCUGGAUCGCUAUCGCUCUCUUGCUGCUCAAGAUCGGAGCUGAGAAUUGGAAGAACACGGGCAGUCCACUCGGAACCAAUGACAUUAUGAAAUCUAUGUUCAAGAGGGAUGUCAUUGUCCUGCUCAUUUCCGACGGGGUCAUGUGUGGGCUCACCGGCGUCAGCUGGAUGCUACAAGUUUUGAUCAAGAAUGACUACUUGGACUGGGACUCGUCGGGCUGGAUCAUCCAAAACAUAUGGCAGACCAUAUUCAUCGGGUGCACCAUUGGAUGGACACAGCUUCGCCAGUGGCCGUGGUCUCACACGGUGUUCUUUGUCCUGCACUCGCUGGUAAUGCUGAUGAAACAGCACAGCUAUGCCUUUUACAACGGCUACUUGUCAAGCGCCUACAAGAAGAGGGCAGAGCUACUGAAGAAGCUCAAGCAGCUGGAGCACGUCGAGGCUGUCAAGUCGCCCUCGCAGACUAAGCCGACGGCCUUGUCCAUAUCGACGGAUCAUCUUGCCCGGAGGCCGUCGAGACAUGAUGUCCGUCAAAGGCGCCAGUCGUCCCAUUCAAGCUGCAAGGCGUUCAGCCAAGACCUAGAGGGCAUCGAAGCAGCCAUCAACUCGAACGAGUCCCUCGACCUGGAGCAGAUCCACGUGUUCGAACAAAUUAUCAAGUGGGAGAUUGACGGUCUCACGGAGGAACUCCAGGGGAAGUCGACCUCCCCCAGGCGCGCGUACCCCAACAACGUCACCUACCAGAAUCACUACGAGUACAUCGUCUUCCCGACACUGGUCUACGAGCUCGAAUACCCCCGGUCAGAGAGAAUCGACUGGGCUUACGUGGCAGAGAAGGCGGUUGCGACCUUCGGGCUCAUCUUCGUGAUGAUGAUGGUCUCGCAGGCCUUUAUCUACCCGGUGGUGAUGAAGACGGUCCGCAUGAAAGAGGCCGGACUGUCUCUGGCCGAGCGCUUUGGGGAGUUCCCGUGGCUGUUGUCGGACCUGAUCUUCCCGUUUAUGAUGGAGUACCUCCUGACAUGGUAUCUCAUCUGGGAGGCCAUUCUCAACCUCCUCGGCGAGCUGACGUACUUUGCCGACCGAGAGUUCUACUCCGACUGGUGGAACUCUGUCAGCUGGGAUCAAUUUGCGCGGGACUGGAACCGCCCGGUCCACAACUUCUUAUUGAGACACGUCUAUCACAGCUCCAUCAGCGCCAUGCGGGUCAACAAGCACACGGCGACGCUUUUCACGUUUUUCCUGUCAGCACUGGUCCACGAGCUGGUCAUGUGGUGUAUCUUCAAAAAACUCCGGGGCUACCUGCUCUUUAUGCAAAUGCUCCAGCUACCCCUUGUGCAGCUGAGCAGGACGAAGUGGAUGAAGGGCAGGAAGACGCUGGGGAACAUCAACUUCUGGCUGGGCAUAUUUACUGGCCCUUCGGUCCUGUGCUCACUCUAUCUAAUACUGUGA